AUGGAUAACAAAAUUCUGAACCAAUAUUAUGAGGAAAAUGUGAAAAUGCUGCGUAACGAAACGGAAAAAAAUACAAAAGAGGUGUUACCACUGGUGGAUGAUAUAUUAAGGUAUGUUCAUCAGAGAGACAAACGAUUCAUGAUACAAACAGUGAAGGUUGGAAGCUACCAUACUCACCUCAAAGUGAAGCGGGCUGGCGAGUUUGACUUCAGUGUGGUCGUCGAUGUGGGGAAACUGUCGUGGAUAGCAAACAACAAUUCGAGGUUCUAUGGUUUUGACAACGUCAAUCGCAAAGUUGAGAGUAGCAUAUUACCUCUACCAAGCCCCCCUGCUGGUCAGUGUUUUACUCAAAUCGGAAGCCUAAAAGCUAAGUGGGAAUCUGAGGGACUUGAGGAUGGAGGUGCAAGUUUGACAUUCAACAACGAUAUAGUGCCAAUUAAAGUAAAGAGAAGAUUCAAAGCUCUUGUAAGCGAGGCUGUUAACCAACCCAAAUUGAGAAGUCGUGUCACUACAGACCGGAUUUCGGAUUCACCGGCCAUUACGCUCUCUGUAAAACUUCCGAAUACUGCUUAUCCGAUCAGCAUCGAUUUAUGUCCUAUGAUUGAAUCUAAACUGGAAUUCAGAAGUGACUUCAAUUGGCCAAGACCGUUGGCCAAAUGGCCGUCUAGUGAAAAGAUUUCCUGUAUAAAGGAUGUAGGAAUACAUGAAGUAGCCAAGUCGCCAUUUUAUUGGACACUGUCUUUCGCUGCAUGUGAAAAGGAGCUUGUGGAGGGCAUUGAUGAAAAUGGGACAUGCAGAAGGAAAAGUCUUCGUGUCCUGAAGACUUUGAAAGAAAAUAUCUGGUGUAAACCAGGUGUCAAGAAGGGUCUGACAUCAUACCAUCUGAAGAACGUGCUGUUCUGGGAGUGUGAGGAUCAUCCCUUUGACACCGAAUGGCAGCAGGAGCUCCUGGAGACUCGCGUGAAGUCAAUGACGUAUCGUCUACUCGGCUAUCUUCAGAGGGGAAAUCUGUUGUUGUACUUCCAUACCGGGGUUAAUCUGCUCUCCAGCAAAGAUAAAGGCGUGCUUCAGCAGGUAGCGAACAUUAUUAAGACAUUUCUCGAUCAGCCAAACCAAUAUUUGUGCUGA